UCCACUCAGCCAGACGCACCGAGAGACGGUGGUGUGUGAGGAGGACCCGUGCGUAUUUACGCUCAGUGCGUUCAUGUGUAGGAAGAGAGAGUUGGAGAAACGGAAGAAAGUUCCGCGUGUUUGAGAGCAGGACCUUCAGAUAAGCCUUCAGAGAGGAGGAAGAACACCUUUUUUUUUUGGCUUUAAUUUGACUACUUCUCCAUGCGCUCUACCCGUUGGCGUUAACGCACAGCGGACAGGGAAAGUAAACAAACUGAUUAAGAAGAAGGGGGCUGAUUCAGUCUAAGCGGCUCCAGAGUUUUCGAUCGUAUAUUUAGCAUCCCUCUUUUGCCCCCUCUGCCCGUCCCUUCUGAGCGCGGAGCGGCAGAGGGAGGGACGGGAGAACCGGACGGACGGACCGGACCGUGAGGCUGCGCGUCUCCGCCGGUGGAUGAUCCACUGGAUGCGGGACGAUGGAUUGAGACAAUUCCUUGCCACUGCCGCCUUUUUUUUUUCCACCACCGACCCCCUGUCCACCUCGGGAUUAUUUCAUCUCUCACCGACCCCCUCUCCUUCCCUCUCGAGAUGACCGAGGAGUAUGUUUUGCGGUGCGUCCUGAUGCUCUGCUGCGCGCUGCUCUCGGCCAACGCGAGUAACUGGCUGUACCUGGCCAAGCUGUCGUCAGUGGGAAGCAUCAGGGAUGAGGAGACGUGUGAGAGGUUACGGGGACUCAUCCAACGACAGGUUCAGAUCUGUAAGCGCAGUGUGGAGGUGAUGGAUGCAGUGCGUCGAGGAGCCCAGCUGGCUAUCGACGAGUGUCAGUUCCAGUUUCGCAACCGUCGAUGGAACUGCUCCACGCUGGAGACCAUGCCUGUCUUUGGCAAAGUGGUCACCCAGGGCACUCGUGAGGCAGCCUUUGUGUAUGCCAUCUCAGCAGCCAGUGUGGCGUUUGCGGUCACAAGGGCCUGCAGCAGCGGAGAGCUGGAAAAAUGUGGCUGUGACCACAAUGUACAUGGAGUCAGUCCAGAGGGGUUCCAGUGGUCUGGCUGCAGUGAUAACAUUGCAUACGGUGUGGCCUUUUCUCAGUCGUUUGUUGAUGUGAGGGAGAGGAGUAAAGGCCAGUCCUCCAGCCGGGCUCUCAUGAACCUGCACAACAACGAGGCUGGAAGAAAGGCUAUUCUGUCCCACAUGCGUGUGGAGUGCAAAUGUCACGGCGUGUCCGGCUCCUGUGAGGUAAAGACCUGCUGGAAAUCGAUGCCCCCGUUCCGCAAGGUCGGGAACGUCAUCAAGGAGAAGUUCGACGGCGCCACAGAGGUGGAGCAACGCAAGGCGGGCACCACCAAAGUGCUCGUGCCUCGAAACUCCCAGUUCAAGCCCCACACGGACGAAGACCUCGUCUACCUGGAGCCCAGUCCGGACUUCUGCGACUUCGACCCACGGACGCCGGGGAUGCUCGGCACAGUGGGCCGCCAGUGCAACAGGACGUCGAAGGCCAUCGACGGCUGCGAGCUGAUGUGCUGCGGCCGCGGCUUCCAGACGCAGGAGGUGGAGGUGGUGGACAGGUGCAGCUGUAAGUUCCACUGGUGCUGCUACGUCAAAUGCAAACAGUGCCGCAAAAUGGUGGAGAUGCACACUUGCCGGUGAUCGGCGAUGGAGGCGCAGAGGGCAUGAUGAUGAACAAAACAAAACGCCCCCAUUACUCCUCUCAAAAUGCCAAGGUGAAAGAGUUCAAGGAGGGAUUGUGGAGUCGUUCUUCUCCUCCUUGAAACCACCCCGCCCUUCUACUACUGGUCAAAGGAAACACACAAAAGUGGCUGAGAUUUGAAUGUCAUCUUUUUUUCAUUUUACGCCACCAUCUUGGAUUUCAGUAGAUAAUGCAUGGGGAAUAUCCUACAAAAGCUAAAGAGGGAGUUUGUUUCUUCUCAAGUAGAGAGCAUCCUUCACUUUCUCCCUCCCUCCCUCUCUCACUCUCAUAUUUGCUUCGUCAUUGAUGCUUCUUAUUUUUGUAAUGUUUAACUUAUUUGUUGAGACUGAGGAGGGUUGAUGGGGGGUAUGGACCCGAAGAAGGAGCGGAUGAGUGGAGAUGAUAAGGGACAAACUGGACCCAUGGGUGGGGUUAAAGGGGGGUUGGGACGGGGUCAAGAGAGAGGGAUGUUUGCCCCUCUGUCCUUGCUGCUGAUGCUUUUGGGGAACUCAUUUGGACUGAUGGAUGUCAAAAAAGGGAGACACAGAGUCUGUUAGAAGAUGAACAACAAAAAAGGGGGACGCGUCACAGACGGACUUUCUGUGAUUUGCUUCCGUUGCGCUGAGGUUUCAGUUGCUGUCGAGUCAUUUAUUUUUAUUCCCCCGCGAUGCCCUGAUGCUGCUCCACGCAAAACACACUCACUCUGUUUUCAGUCAGGAGGAGGAUGAUGAUGGACAGGUGAAAGCCACGGUUAGCUUCCUUCUCAUUUUUUUUUUUCUGUAGGCCAGAAGCACUGGCAGGUGACGGGCAUCAGACACACCAAACACACACACACACACACCUAGCAAACAUGGCUUCAAAAGACACCUGUAUGCCGACAGCUGCUACCUACUAUAGAACCCCAGAUCCUUACAUCAAAAAAAAACAGCUCCAAGUUCAGAUUUAAGACGAUUCAUUACCAUUUCAGAGCAUCAUUUUGUGAAUUUCUUGAGAGAUCAUUUGGACCUUUUCCGUCAUGUUGCCUUCAGCCAAAUGCUACUUAAAUGCAAACCUGAGUAAACACAAAGACAUGCAUGCACCCGCAAACACACACAAAGUAAACACACACACACACACAAAGGGGUCUACCAGAGGGUUGCCAAGCAUGUUCAGCAUGCAUGAUGACUGAAGCACUUUCUCUCCAAGCGCACAUAGAGCCCUCGCCCCCCCACUUCAACAAACCAUAGAUUCCAAUUGUCCCGGUUCCUUACACACACACACUCGCACACACAGUUUGCAAUGCCACUGUCAGGAGAGUCUGUUGUUGUCUUGCACCUCCGCCAUAAAGCCAGGCUUUCCUAUAAUAAUGUGCUACCAUUAUAGAGACAUACUGUAGAUCUGUAAAGACUUAUACACUGAAGAAGACUAUACUGCCUAUGAAUGUAUGUUAAUACGGAAUAUAUGCUGUGUCAAAAUAUGACUUGUUGUCCCUUAUUUCAAAAAGAAACUGUGUGUGUCAUGUGUGUUUGUGUAUCUGUGGAAGAGAAAGAAUGCCACAAUAACAAGUUUUGCCUGGAGGGGAAGAAGGAACAUGACGGGAUAGAAAGAUGGAAAGUGAAGGGCUGCAGAUCCUAUUCCACCACCAAGCCCCGGGACACACUCCCACACACAGCCCUGCCGACAGACAUACACAUAUUUCAAUAAAAUCGGCCAUUUCCCGUGUCUUUCAGCUGCGUUAGUAUCUGGCCACAGAGAGCACUGCGCAGACUUUUCUUCGCGCGUGUGUGUGUGUGUGUGUGUAGCCUGUUUGUGUGAGGUACAUUACACCCCUGAGGUCCUUCCCUGCACCCCUGACACCUAUAAAACAUAAUUUAUGCGCCACAUAUCACAGCAUACAGUAUAACAACCUGAGAUAAAUGGAUGCGUGUCCUGCGGCGCUGGGAACCGCAGGUAGUGGCCGCUCGGGUUUCAGCACGCGCCUGAUUGGGUUUAAUGCUGAAGAGGGAACAGAGGCAGGAACACCGGGCUAGAACGGGGAUUACAGUGAAAUGCAGACCACAUGGCACAAGCUUUCCCCUCUUUCUGUCUCUAUCAAUAUCAUAGUUCACCCCCCGCCCGCCCCCCCCAACUCCAGCUUUCUGUCUUUCUUCUGCAAGAUCUCCGUCUAACGCUCCAGUCUGCUCCCCCUCUGCGGAAAGUGUAACCCAAACCCUUCUGGGUCUGCGACGGCGGGGAUCUGUCCUUCAUUAAGCCACUAUGAUGGCCCAGAUGAGGUGGGUGGUGGUGGCCACACUGAUUAGGACUGUCUGUGUAAGCUUGUGUUUGUGUGUGUCAGGCAGCCAGAUGUACGCCGAGGCAGUCGUCAGUCAGUCACUCAGAGAUCUCUAAUGCCUUUUGUGGUCCGCUGCGGUUGUGGCGGAGACAAGAAGCUGACAGCGGGGUUUUACCACUUAGCCUGUGUGUAUGUGGGAGUGUGUGUAGAAAUUAAGAUUCAACAAAUACGGAUUCAUGAAGGCUUAUACAAAUAUUUGGGGAAUUAAACUACUCAUAUUUUACAUUUUGUGCACACAGCUAGCUUCAACACAGACGUUUAACCAAAAUAUUUUUAAAAAUCCUUCUCUUUCUAGGACUCACAAUUUUGAGUGACAUGUCAGAAGCGAUAUAUGUUACACAGAAAUCAACUGUUUCCUUUCUUAUCGUGUGUUUCUUGUCGGUCCUGGAGAAUGUGCUUAACAAUGAGUUAGCCCUGCUUUGGGACCAGGAGACAGUUAUGCUCAAUUAGCCUAGCAUUGAUGAGUUUCUCUUUGACACACAUGGUCAUGAGAAGAUUAAAACGUUAGCCAUUGACUCUUCGUUGUCUUUUUUCAUAAUGUACCUGUAGACACAGGGGUGUUCACUUUGUACAAAAUAAAACACACCCUUUCCUAUUCAAUGCAGGUUUAGAGUUUAGUGCUUAAACUGUUCAGUAUUUAGUGGUCAGCAGCUAAGGGCGGCUAACGCUAGCUUCAAGCCUAUUCAACUUUAAGUGCAUGUUUCUGUCGUAACUUUGCACAACUUGUGUUCCUAUGACUCUUAAG